GCCCACGACGUCGUUUAAUAACUCUCUCCCUCUGCUCUUCACACCUUCACUCUCAGCUUCCUCCGUCUCCACAAGCUUCCGAAUUCUCCAGCGGAAAAGCAAUGUCCGUGAACGGCACCAUCGAUCCUCGAUUCUUAUACCACGUGGAAGAAGAAUCUCUGAGAUUCCGCGUCGGAGAUUCUGUUCCCAAGAGCAGAGAGCUCGAUCGUAGUUUCGAAAGAUUCCGGCAAGGUUUCUGCGGAAACGACAAGGAUGAAAUGAGAUACUCCAACGCAGAUGUCGAUGAUGAUGACGAGGAAAACGCUUGUAUCCAAAGACGCGGCUCUCUAGUACAACCUGGUGUUGAUUCUUGUAGCUCUGUAGCUGCAGAAACCAACAUAAAAAGUAAAGAUCCAGGUUCAGCUGGUUGGGAACUGAUUGUGAGAGACGAGGAUGAUGAGGAGGAGAAAGCAUCUCUGGAUCGCCAUAAGGUGAUGAUCGCUAAUGAUGGUUCCAGCCAAUGUAACACGCAGCCUAAGCGGGCUUUUGCUUCUGUGGAGAAGGAGAGAGUCAAUAGUGUUAGUUCUUGGGAGUCUCUCAAGUCCAUCCUCUCUGAUCCUGUCACUGGAGCGUUGAUGAGUGAUGCUACAAUACUGCCUUGUGGACAUUCUUUUGGAGCCGGAGGGUUAAAAGAAGUUAAAAGAAUGAAAGCAUGCUUUACAUGUUCCCAACCUACUUCAGAAGGAUCAGAAAAGCCUAAUCUUUCUCUCAGAAUUGUAGUUCAUGCUUUCCGCCAAGAAGAAGAAUCAGAUCAUGUUCACUCGUUGAAGCGAAGGAAAGAAAGGUCGGAUCAGCACAAGAGAACUUUCUAUAUUCCAAACAUCACUGACACUCCUAAGAGCACUAGUAGAGGCAUUCAGUGUCCUUUCUCCAUUGGUGAUCGAAUUAUCAUAGAGGGAAACAAAAGGACACCUCCACGGUUUGUGGGACGCAAGGCUUUGAUAAUGACACACUGCUUAAAUGGAUGGUAUGUUGUGAAGACAGUUGACAAUGGAGAGUCUAUUAAGUUGCAACAUUGCUCACUGACCAAGAUUCCAUCAGACAAUUCACCUUCUGAGGUAACAGUGGCUGAAAUGGCACCGUAUUGGCUGUCUAGCUCAUAG